CCCGGGUUGGUUGAAACGAAUAGGCCCAGCAUUUUAAAGAAUUUCAUAAUUAUACGCAUUUAAAUAUUCAGAUUGAUUGUUUAUGAAUAGAGAGGCUUUGUUUGGCUAGUAAGUUAAGCAUGACUCGAUUACAUCGGAAUAUGUACAAUUUCUACAAUUUGACCUGUGCUACAAAUAGCUAUAGUUUUGUGAAGUGUUGGACAACGUGAUAAGAUAACCUGAUAUUUCAUUUCUACAUGGAGUAAAACAUGCUAAUCUUCAGCAUUAUUGGCAUAACACUAUGUGUUCUCAGUUUGAAUGUAUAUGCCGAAUACAACUGCUUGUGUAAUUACCGUGUGGAGACUGAAAUGCAUGGCGCACCAUCUGAAAACUCUAGUCCGGUCGGGUACAUGUACGAAUUCGACUGUAAACCUGCUGUAUCUACUAACAAAUUGGAAGAAACAUGGUUUGCAAUCAUGAAUGAACAUUUAACGGCGUAUGUGAAGACAGACAGUGGACUGCAAAUGCAAGUCUGUCCCGGGAGUAUCCCAGAGGAAGAUAAAUUGUUUACCUCAACAAAACAGACAAGCACGAGCACAACAACGACAUCGAAACCGACAACGACAAGCACUACCAAAACUACACUAAAGCCGUCAACGACAAGCACUACCACACCUACACUAAAGCCGUCAACGACAAACACUACCACAACAACACCAAAGCCGUCAACGUCAAACACUACCACAACGACGCCAAAACCGACAACGACAAGCACUACCACAACGAAACCAAAGCGAAUUACCACAACUACGACACCGAAGCCGACAACCAUAACUUCGACACCGAAACCGACAACAACAAUGACUACUACUACGACGCCGAAACCAACAACAACAAGAACAACCAAACAGAAAACUUCUGGCACACAUUCUACGACUGCCAGAACAAAACAUACAUGUACAACUUCAGGAUGGUCGACUACAUCGGACUGGUUAUUUAAUUCCACCCAGGAACACACACAGCACUUUGGCCCUUACACCACCAAGAAACACCACAUCAUUUUCACACAGCACUGGCUACGUACCAAUGGAAAUCAUCAACACCUAUUCACCAUUCACCUCCUACACAAACCUCAUCUUACUCACGGUAAUUUAAACUUAUGCCCAGGCAUCCUGAUAAGGUCAAAAGACGCAAAAUGGCUGAGACAAUUUAAAAGUCAUUGCUACGAGCUUGUCCACAAUUCUAAGAACUGGUACGAUGCGGAGACGGACUGCUGGAAUAGGCUUGGACAUGGUGGGGAGCUUCUAGAAAUCUACACCGAGGACAUCCAGAAUUUUAUUAUGAAUUUUCUCCGUGAAGUUGGAAACCAUCGCUUUUUAUGGAUUGGCUUACAAGACAUUGACAGAGAAGAACAUUUUGCUUGGGACUCUGGAGUCAGAUUGACCUACUCAAAUUGGAAUCCAAACAGGAAGAACAAUCAUCUUCAGCAUAAACACGAGGACUGUGUAAUGCUGCAGAACAAUGGUCUCUGGGAUGAUUCGCUGUGUUCUCAUGAUGACUUACAGCGACGUUUUCUUGUGAAUGCCAACAACGUAAACGUGCGUCGUCCCUACAUCUGUCAAUAUCCAACCCACAAUUCCCACCAUGGAUGAAUUACAUUUUGAUGUAUGCUCUAAAAAUUAAAGACACUGAAACUAA